AACACGAACCUGAGGACUAAAAAGAUCUACAGCGGCAUCACUCUACAGUUUUAUUACAUAUAACUAUCUUAAGUCGACUUGAGGUUUGGAUCUUUUCAUGAGUUAUUACGAAGAAGUGGGAGUUAUUCCCGCUAAGGCCAUGCUGAAGGAGAGACACAGCAGCCAGACCAAAGCCCAGAGGAUCCCUCAGCAAAGACAGGACAGUCCUGAAGCCAGCUGUAUCCUCCUAGGAGGUGAAGAGACCACUUAUCGGCCAACUGAAAUGACUUCAGAGAAUCCAGACUGGUCUGAACCAAACUGUGUGUACCUUGGGGGUGACGGGUCCAUGUACCGACCCACGGUCUUCAGAGAGCAACAACAAACAGCGGAUAGACGGAUUAAUCACCUGGAGCCGUGUUCUACUGAAGUCAGCUGUGUUUCAGUGAAGAGUAAUGGGUCCAUGUAUCGGCCCACUGUUUUCAGAGAUCGGCACCAGCUGAACCAGAGGACUUCAGAGAAUCCAGACUGGUCUGAACCAAGCUGUGUGUACCUUGGGGGUGACGGGUCCAUGUACCGACCCACGGUCUUCAGAGAGCAACAACAAACAGUGGAUGAACGGACUUCAGAGAAUCCAGACUGGUCUGAACCAAACUGUGUGUACCUUGGGGGUGACGGGUCCAUGUACCGACCCACGGUCUUCAGAGAGCAACAACAAACAGCGGAUAGACGGAUUAAUCACCUGGAGCUGUGUUCUACUGAAGCUGGCUGUGUUUCAGUGGAGAGUAAUGGGUCCAUGUAUCGGCCCACUGUUUUCAGAGAUCGGCACCAGCUGGACCAGAGACAAACAAAGCCUCCCAGUGGCCAGUGUGCACAGCGACAGACAGAGCUGAGCUCCAUCUUUACGCUCCUGGAAAACAACAUUUUCAGUUUUGCCAAAGAGCAGCUGAUGAAGUAUCAGAAGAUUCUCAGGCUACGUCUUUCUGAAGACCUUGAAACCUGGGAGGAGUUUGAGAAGGUGUUUGACUGCGAGGAUGAAGAAGAAAAAAGUAGCAGAGAACUAUUUCUGAAGAUCACGGUGGACUUUUUAAGAAAAAUAAACCAAGAAGAUCUUGCUGAACACCUGCACAAAGAAACAAGAGCAGCCAUGUGCCAACACAAACUGAAAUCCAACCUCAGGAGGAAGGUCCAGUAUGUGUUCCAGGGAACUGACAACCAGGAAAACAAAAGUCUUCUGAAUCAGAUCUACACAGACCUCUACAUGAUAGUGGGAGGGACUGGACAGGUAAACCAGGAGCACGAGGUCAGACAGAUUGAGAGAGCGUCAAUGAAACGAGGACAACCAGAAACAAAAAUCCGACAUGAAAACAUCUUUAAAACUUCACACGGAGGAAAAGAAGCCAUCAGAACAGUGAUGACCAAGGGAGUGGCUGGCAUUGGAAAGUCUGUCUUAACACAAAAGUUUUCUCUGGACUGGGCUGAAGGUAAAAUCAAUCAGGACAUCCGGCUGGUGCUUCCAUUUAGUUUCAAAGAGCUGAAUCUGGUAAAAGAUAAAAACUUCAGCUUGGUGGAACUCAUUCAUCACUUCUUCACUGAAACUAAAGGAAUCCACAGUUUUGAGGAACUCAAAGUUGCGUUCAUCUUUGAUGGUCUGGAUGAGAGUCGACUUCCUCUGGACUUCCAGAACAAUGAGAUCCUGACCGACGUCACAGAGUCCACCUCAGUGGAUAUUCUGCUGACAAACCUCAUCAGGGGGAAACUCCUUCCCUCCGCUCACAUCUGGAUAACCACGCGACCCGCAGCAGCCAAUCAGAUCCCUCCUGAGUGUGUUGACAUGGUGACGGAGGUCCGAGGGUUCACCGACCCGCAGAAGGAGGAGUACUUCAGGAAGAGGUUUGCUGAUGAAGAGCGGGCCAGCAGGAUCGUCUCCCACAUCAAGGCAUCACGAAGCCUCCACAUCAUGUGCCACAUCCCGAACUUCUGCUGGAUCACUGCCACAGUUCUGGACUAUUUGUUGCAAAAUGGAGAGGAGGGGAAGCUGCCCAAGACCCUCACUGAGAUGUACGUCCAGUAUCUGGUGGUUCAGAUCAAAAUGAAAAAAACAAAAUAUGACAGUAGAGCGCAGGGCGAUUCACUCUGGGACAUCGGCAGCAGGGAGAUGGUCGAAUGUCUGGGGAAACUGGCCUUUGAGCAGCUGCAAAAAGGAAACUUAAUCUUUAACGAAGCCGAAGUUUUAGAGUGUGGCAUUGAUGUUAGAGCAGCCUCAGUUUACUCUGGAGUUUUGACCCAGACCUUCAGUGAGGACAGAGGGGUGUACCAGGACAAGAUGUUCUGCUUCAUCCAUCUGAGUGUUCAGGAGUUCCUGGCUGCUCUCUAUGUCCACCUGAGCUUCAACAACGCAGGAGUGGAUCUUCUUGGAGACGAAAGUGAAGGCUCCUGGUUGUGUUUCCUCAGAAAUAUCCCUGAACCAGCCUCCUUCUACCAAAGGGCUGUAGACAAGGCCUUAAAGAGCCCAAAUGGACACAUGGACUUGUUCAUCCGCUUCCUUCUGGGUCUCUCCCUGCAGACUAACCAGACACAUCUGAAAGGUCUACUGUCACAAACAACAAGUUCACAGACAGUUAAUGAGACGAUCGCCUACAUUAAGAAUAAAAUCAGUGGGAUCAUCUCAGCAGAGGAAAGCAUCAACCUGUUCCACUGUCUGAGGGAACUGAACGAUUGUUCUCUGAUGGAGGAGAUCCAGCAGUGUCUGAGCUCGGGACACCUUUCUGCAGGUAAACUGUCUGCUGCUCAGUGGUCAGCUCUGGUCUUCAUUUUACUCUCAUCGGAGGAAGAUCUGGAUACUUUUGACCUGAAGAAAUACUCCGCUUCAGACGAGGCUCUCAUGUGGCUCCUGCCAGUCGUCAAAGCCUCCAAAAAAGUGAUGCUCAGCGGCUGCAACCUGUCAGAGAAGAGCUGCAAGGCUCUGUCUACAGUUCUGGGCCUGGACUCAUCCAGCCUCACCGAGCUGGACCUGACCAACAACAACCUGCAGGACUCAGGCGUGAGGAUCCUGUCUGUUGGGUUGCAAAGUCCAAACUGUAAACUGGAGUCGCUCAGUCUGUCGGGUUGCAUGGUUGCAGAGGAAGGCUGCACGUCUCUUGCAUACGCUCUGAGCGCCAACCCUUCCCAUCUGAGGAGGCUGGACUUGACCUAUAAUAAUCCAGGAGAGACGGGGAUGCAGCUGCUUCGCGCCGCCCUGAAGGAUCCACGCUGGAAACUGGAAACUCUCAAGUUGGACCCUGUUGGAGAGCAAUGGAUGAAGCCUGGUUUGAAAAAAUACUUCUGGGACCUGGAACUGGACUUAACAUCCAUGAACAAAAACCUCAAAGUGUUUGAGAACAGAACAGUGGCUUUGGUGAAGGAGGAGCAGCCGUACCCGGAUCACCCGGAGAGGUUCAGCAACUGGCAGGUGCUCUGUGCAAACGGCCUGACCGGCCGCUGUUACUGGGAGGUGGACUGGAUGGGAGAGGCUCGCGUAUCAGUGAGUUACAAAGGAAUCAAAAGGAAAGACGGCAGCGAGUACCUCAGGUUUGGAAGGAACAACCAGUCUUGGAGUUUGAGCUGCUCUGAUGGUGGCUACCAGGUCUGGAACGAUAAUGUCAGAACGGCCGUCACCUCUCAGGUCUCUCACAGAGUAGCGGUGUAUGUGGACUGGCCCGCUGGGAUUCUGUCCUUCUACAGCGUCUCCCCCGACUCGCUGAUCCACCUCCACACCUUCAACACCACAUUCACUGAACCUCUGUAUCCUGGCUUUGGAUUCUGGUCCCAUGCAUCCUUUGUGUCUCUGUGUUCUCUGAAGGAAUGAGUAGUUUGACAUUUUCUUUUUUACUUAGACAGAUUUUAUUGUCCCUCAGUUGCACAUUUGCUAUGUAUGUUUGAGUGAAACUUUGCUGCAAGGCUCCAAAUAAAAACACAAGACAGAAGAGAGACAGUAUAAGCAGGUGCAAUAUAAAAGAAAUAGAAACAUAAAAUGUAAUUAUAAAAGAAACAGAAACUGAAUAAAACGUUUUGUGACUUUUCACAGGAUGGUAGCAAGAAGCCAAACAGAGAUUUUAAAUGUACAGAAAGGUUAUGUGUGUUAUGGAGAGACUACAGUUCGUACAGACUGAGCAAAACAAAUUGGACUGUAUGAAUAUAAAAUGUGGCGCACCUCAAGGAUCGUUACUCAAGCCUAUGCUGCACAUUAGGCACCUUAAUGACAUAAUAUUCAUUUCUAAGAUAAUGAAAUUUGUGCUUUUUGCAGAUGACACUAAUAUAAUCUGUUCAGGGGACAACUUGGAGCAACUCUUGGGACAGCUGAGGAAAUUGAUAAGAUAAAAAGUUGGUAAAUUAUCAUUAAAUAAUAAUAAAUUAUCCAAUUUGGUGAACGGCAAAACAACACUAUGGUACAGAUAACUAUUUCAGCAACAUGUAUUUUGAGGAGUUCUGAUAGAUGACACAUUGUCUUGGAAUCCUCACAUUAGUUGUUUGCGAAGUAUAGUUGCAAGGAAAAGUUGUUAAAUUUGUGGGCAUUAUGAAGCAAGCAAAAGACAUUAUAUCAUAUGUUUGUGAUGUCAUAUUUAAAUAAUUUUGUCAACGUCUGGGGGAAUUGUUAUAGAUCAAAUUUACUGCCUCUAAUUACGCUCCAUUAAAUAAAUAAAUAAAUAAAAGGCAAUAAGGAUUGUUCACAGAGUGCAAUAUAAUGAUCACACUAAUGUAAAAACUUCAGUAUUAAAAUGAUAUGAUUUAGUAAACUGCUCAAAUGAUGUUUAGGGCAUCAGAAAAAUCUCUUCCAAGGAAAAUACAGAAAGGAUUCUGUGAUAGACGUGUGCAUCAUCCAAAGGUAAGAACUGCUUUAAAAUCCUUGUGCAUUUCAGGGAGUCGUUUUAUGGAAUAGGAGGAGAAAAAAGCAUGUCCUAAUAUCAUCCAAUUUAAAAGAGUAAUGGCGAAAUAUUUGGAGGAGAGAUAAUGAUGCCCUCAGCUGAGAGCGUGUAAAUAAAGAGAGAAAUGCGUGGAGAACGGUCAGGUCUGUCUUUGUCUGGAUAAGUGUUAUAUUAUGCU